CCCAUAUUGCGCCUCUGCUUCUUUGCUAGAAACCGAAGAACAGGAACAGGAACGAAGAAGGAAGAACCCUAAAAAGAAAACCUCAGACACGGACAGGGGAUCGGUUAGUGCUGCGGGAACCAUCAUUGCUUACAAAAUGUAUUACAGAGGAAGAAUUAUGGAUGGUGGUGAUGCUCGAGAAAUGGGUCUGAAAAGGCAGCGCGUAAUGGAUCAAGGUUCCUCUUAUUACUCGAUUCCGCCCGGGUCGAGUUAUGUGUACAAUCCUGCUCCUCCCGCUCCUGCUGAAUACUCUUAUAUUGGCCAGCCUCCGCCUUUCCCUGUUGUUCGACUUCGUGGCCUCCCAUUUGAUUGCACGGAGGGUGAGAUAGCGGAUUUCUUGCAUGGUCUGGAUGUAGUUGAUGUGCUUCUGGUCCACAAGGGUGGAAGAUUUACAGGGGAAGCUUAUUGUGUUUUGGGAUACCCCCUUCAAGUUGAUUUUGCUCUUCAGAGGAAUAGGCAGAACAUCGGUAGAAGAUAUGUUGAAGUUUUUAGGAGCAAGAAGCAGGAAUACUAUAGGGCUAUAGCCAACGAACAAUCGGAUGGUUGCAGUAAUUCUGUUCCAAGGGCUAGAUCUUCUGAAGAUGGGAAGGACUUGGCAGAACAUACUGGAGUUUUACGGCUAAGGGGACUGCCAUUCUCGGCUAGCAAGGAAGAUAUUAUUGAGUUCUUCAAGAAAUUUUCACUUCCAGAGGACUCGAUUAAUAUAAUUGCUAAUUCAGAGGGAAGGCCAACUGGAGACGCAUUUGUGGAGUUUGCAGAUGCAGAAGAUUCAAGAGCUGCAAUGGCCAAGGAUAGGAUGACAAUAGGGACUCGCUACAUUGAGCUUUUCCCAUCAUCUCAUGAAGAGUUGGAGGAAACAGUCUCAAAGGGCAGAAUAUUGCAGAAACCUUCAGACGGGAAGGACCUGACUGAAGUGACCCCUGUUCUGCGAAUGAGGGGACUACCAUAUUCAGCAGCGAAGGAUGACAUUAUUGAAUUCUUCAAAGAUUUUGUUUUGUCCGAGGAAUCGGUUCAUAUCACUCUAAAUUUCGAAGGGAGGCCAACCGGGGAAGCUUUUGUGGAGUUCGCCAAUCCUGAAGAUGCAAAAGUGGCGCUAGCAAAGGAUAGGAUGUCACUAGGCAGUCGUUAUAUCGAGCUUUUCCCUUCAUCACCUGAGGAAUUGAACGAGUCGCUCUCGAGGGGAAGAUGAUAGACUUUAGCUCAGCACUACUUGUGAUGUAAUUUAAGAACCUUAAUUUUGUUUCAGUAUUUCUCUCAAAACCAAUAAUAUGAAGUUAUAGACCUUAAUAGCAGAGAUACAUGGAUGUUCUAGAGGUUAAUAUAUGUUAUUAGUGUUAUGGCACUUUGGUCAUAUCACUCAGUUUUGGUACCAUUA